AUGGCCCCCAUCCCAGUGACAAUAGUCACCGGCUUCCUAGGCUCAGGAAAAACAACCCUCCUCCUAAACCUAAUCCCCCAACUCCCACCCACCUACCGCCUCGCCCUAUUGAAAAACGAAUUCGGCGACGUCGCCGUCGACUCCCAACUAGCAACAGCCCAAUCAAUCUCCGGCGUCCGCGAACUACUCAACGGCUGCAUCUGCUGCAAUCUCGUCGGCCAACUCAGCGAUGCACUCGAACAAUUACGCACAGAGGUCGUGCCAGACCGAAUCGUCAUCGAAACGAGCGGGAGCGCAUUCCCCGCUACCCUCGCUAUGGAAGUGAAUCGGCUAUCGCGCGAGGGGCCCUCGGCAGGACAAUUUGUACUUGACGGCGUGAUUAGCGUGAUUGAUGUUGAGAAUUGGGAGGGGUAUGAGGAUACUUCGUAUACGGCGAAGAUUCAGGCGAAAUAUACGGAUUUGAUUGUUUUUAAUAAGUGGGAGGUUGUUCCUGAGCAGAGGUUUGAUGUUUGUCUUGAUCGGGUUGGGGAUUUGGAGAUUGAGACGCCGUGGGUCAAGUCUAUCCGCGGUGUUGUGGAUAAGGAAGUUUUGCUUGGUAUUGAUGGGGCGUUGUUUGCGAAGGAGAAUGGUGAGAAGGAUGCCGUUGCCCAGAAUGGCGAUGGCCAUGGUCAUGGGAACGAACAUAAGCAUGAUCACCAGUCCGAGGUGGAAGUGUUGUCGGUUCUUUUGAAAGGAUCAGCUCCCGGAAGAACGAUUGAUGUUGAGGCGUUGGAGAAUCUGCUCUCCGCCGCGCCGAGGGAGGAGGUUUAUCGCAUCAAGGGUAUUAUUCGCUCUUCGGGGCGAAAGCCGCCGGCUGAAUCUUCGGAUGAUCUCCAGACGAGGAAUACGGGCGAUGAGGCUAGUCGGUACUAUAUCCUCAACUGGGCGUUUGGGAGGUGGACUGCGACGCCGUCGACUGUUGUUGCGGAAUCCGCUGAUGAGACGGUCGUUGCGAGAUUGACUCUCAUCUUGGCUCGGUAUGAGUCUACUAAGUGGAAGAAGAAGCUUGAGGCUGGGGGUCUGGUUAAGGCUGUUGAGGAUGGAGAGGCUGAGUUGGUUGUGAACCGAUUGGUCUGA